AUGCCGUCGACCGGGUCCUCUGGAAGCGUGCGGUCCUGGUAUCCCCCACCACCUUGUGUGGAGGAGGAGCCGGCCUCGCUCGCUCGAGAACUCCACGGCCUCGCCAACCUGGGUGAAAAGCCUGGUGUCGAGGGUGCUCGCGUGAGGGGUGCUGUAGACCAGUACCCCGUCAUCAUGAAUAUGGAUACGCCUCACUCAGACGCCCCGCCGAGCGUCAGCAACAUGCCCGGCAUGGGCAAUCUCUCUUCGGACGACAGCAGCGGACCGGCCACGCCUCCUCCCAGGCAUCCGGAGCCUAAUGUCCGCCCAAGAUCCUCCUCCCAAGCAGUCCCCACUCGACCUCCACCAUCCGCUUCCUCCUCGAGCAGGUCUCGAGAUCGACCGUGGCCAUCACUGCAUUCGCAGUCGGCUCGCGAAGUCAACACACCCUGUCAGCCUCGUUCACAGUCAAUUAUGCCAGACGACAAUGUGUCCAGCGCUAGCAGAGGUCGUGGUCGAUCAUCCUCGGAAGUAUACCCUCCGCAACCCAUGCGCGAGAUGAGGACGCCUCGCCAACCCCGUCCGCCGUCACCUGUGCGCGACGAUCAUUUGCCAACUUCAAGCAGGCCUCGUGGUCGGCCAUUACCACCACAGAUCUACCAGCAAGCUACCCAACCUACGCGUGAACUAGCUGUUCCUCGACAACCCGGACCACCCUUGGGUUCGCCGCACCGUGGGGACCCUAUCAGACACAAGGCUCCGGUGCACAUCAUCCCGCACAGCUCCCAUGGCAUGCGUUCUGAGCGAUCUCGCUCUCGAGGGCCCGGCUAUGAUAGGACAUACGCGGAGGCACCAGAGCCUUCCAUUGCCCGGUCUAACAGCGCAAGGUAUGCCACCUCACGGCCGAUGCAGAGCCGACCACGACAGGAGUCACCACAGGGCUAUCAAUCGGACACCGCAACUGCUCGUCCUCGGCCCGCUUCGUAUGCUCCUGCAUCUGGCGCGCCGGGAAAUACACCGACUAGUAGCGCCGCCGGCCGAAGCCUCGCCGAGAGAAUUGAGGAGAAGCUGCGCCAGCGCCAGGAGCGUCGCGAGUCAGCGUCCUUGUCUGAUACCGAGACUCGUCCGAGAACUGAGGCGAGGCCCAUCACGACGACAUCGCACCCGUCGGUGCCGGCAUCGGCACCUCACUCGCCUUCCCGGGAAUCCUAUCGCACCCCAAGCCACCGGUCGCGCGACUCGGCCCCGCCACGCAGUACCUCACGCCCACCGGUGCCCUUAGCUGCCCCAUCUGUGUCUCGAUCAAGGUCCAAGACUCUCGGUCAUUCCAGAUCCAUCUCAUCCGACGGCGCCCCAGUGAGCUCGAUCAGGUCCUCACGGCCUCAGACCUCUGUCAAAUUCCAGGAUCAACCCGCGCAAAAACGAAGCCCGUCCCGCGCCCCGGCCACCAAACCGGCCAAUAUCCUGCAGCGGCCUUCCAACCCCGCAGGCCUAUGCAUCACCUCAUGCCCACGGUCCCUCCCUGUGGCAGGACACAACGACUGGUACACUCUAAAGGGCCUCACGCACCUGGACAUCUGCCCCAGCUGCAUGAAGCAGAUCGGACACUCCCGCUUCCGCGCCUUUUUCAUCCCCAGCCUAGCCAAAUCACCGACCCAGAAAACCCGUUGCGCCUUCAGCAACCCCUGGACCCGGCUCGCCUGGACCCAAAUGAUCAAACAGCAGCACGAUAGCCUCGAGAUGCUCUAUCAAAUGACGCGCCCACCCCCGGAACCCGCGCCUGCCCCGGCCGCGCCGCCAGUGAUCAAACAUGGCUCGUUCCUUCCCAGCUUCCACAUCUGCGGCAACUGUGCGCGCAACGUGCGCGUCCUGAUGCCCGCGCACCGUGAUACCUUCCAGCACUUCUCGGAGCCACAGGAGCGAGCCUGCGACUUCGUCACAAACAGCCCGCGAUUUGUGAAAUACAUCGAUCUACUGGAUGACGCCGCGUCCCGCGCAGACUCAGACCCCUCGCGCCGGCCCGACCCGCGCGAGUUCCUCGACUACGCGAAGCGCAAGGUCGUGCUGCGAGAUUGCCGGCGCGAUCGCCCCGUUCUCGGGAGCUGGCACUAUAUGCCCGAGCUCCCGGAGCUGAGCGUCUGCGAGGACUGCUAUGACGAGGUUGUCUGGCCGCUUGCUAAGGCUCAUCACCCCCUUGCUCGCUCGUUCUCGACCUCCAUGCGCUACCUGCCGGGUGAUGGCCCGAACCGCUGCCGCGAGGCGAGCUGCCAGAUGUACUCGGGGCGCAUGCGGGCGCGGUUUAGGGAUAUGGUUAUGCAGGACGACUUUCCUGGUCUGAGGGACCUUGCUCUGCGGAGAUUUGAGGCUGAAAGACGGUUCCGCGAUCGGCGGGAUGAGUUGCUUAUUGCUGAGCAGAAGGGGUAUGAUUGUGAUGUUGAGAUGAAAAAGGCGCUUGAGGAGUGGAGACGAUGGGAGUGA